AUGAGUUCUAAUUCUCGAGUAUACGGCCAAUGUUUGAGGGAUCAAAUGGCCUCAUUGCUUAAAUUGAAGCAUGAACUUACAUUUGAUUCUUCCAUGCCAAAGAAAAUAGUUAGGUGGAAUAGAAACACUGAUUGCUGCUUGUGGCCGGGUGUAAGUUGUGACGAAGAAGGUCACGUGCUUGCUCUGGAGUUGGACAACGAAGCUAUUUCUGGCGGAGUUGACAACUCAAGCAGUCUCUUCGAUCUUCAACAUCUUGAGAAGCUCAAUCUGGCUUAUAAUGACCUACGUUCUCUUCCAAUACCAACAGAUAUUUAUAAGCUUGCAAACUUGACGUACCUGAAUUUGUCACAAGCUGGUUUUGAAGGGCAGAUUCCAGUGGAAUUGUCAAGAUUGACGAAGUUAGUAGUUCUUGACAUUUCUACUUAUAAUGACAUUGUAGGUUUUCCUUACUCUUUAUUAAGUCUAGAGAGCCCCGAUUUGGGGACACUCAUUGGAAGUCUAGCAAAUCUUAGAGAACUUUGCCUUGAUGGUGUGAAUGUUUCAUUGAAGGGGAGUGAGUGGUGCUCGGCGUUAUCUUCAUCUCUACCUCAAUUGAGAGUCUUGUCAAUGAGAUACUGUGAAAUUUCAGGUCCAAUUGAUCCUGUCCUGGUAAAUCUUCCUUUCCUUUCUGUUAUUCAUCUCGAUAUGAAUAACUUAUCCACUAUGGUUCCAGAAUUUUUGGCAGAUUUUACGAAAUUGACAACUUUAAGUGUUCGAUGGUGCAAUUUGUUUGGUCCAUUUCCCAGUAAAAUCUUUCAGGUACCAACUCUACAUCAACUUGAUCUGUUAGGCAACGUAAACCUUACCGGCACUUUACCUGAAUUUCCACAUAAAAAUGUAUUAAGGGAGUUGAGUCUUAGGGAGACGAGUUUCACUGGUUUACUUCCAGUUUCAAUUGCUAGCCUUCGAAGUUUGAUUACACUAGACUUAUAUGAUUGCAAUUUCAGAGGACCUAUUCCGUCAACAAUGGGAAAUUUAACGAACCUAGUUUCAUUAGACUUGUCAAACAACAACUUUACUGGCUCAAUCCCGCUGUUCCAUGAGGCUAACAAGCUCAAUUACAUUGACAUUUCUAAUAACAAUGGUCAACUUUCUUCUGCUCAAACUCAAUUAGCCGUUCUCCUUUCCCUCCCGUCAUUGCAGUACCUUUAUCUUUAUACUAGUCAUUUGAGUGGAGAAAUCCAUGAAUUUCCAAAUGCAUCCUCCUCUGUUCUGGAAACACUUUAUUUGAGCAAUAACCAUCUAAAUCGAUCGAUCCCCCGGUCUAUCUUUAAACUCAAUAGGCUUUCACAACUCUCACUUUCUUCCAACUCCUUCAGUGGGACCAUUAAUAUCGAAGCGGUAAAUGGACUUCUUAGGCUAACCACCCUUGACCUUUCAGACAACAAAAUUGAAGGGAAAAUACCAAAUUGGGAUCAAGGGCAAUCCACCGUUUCUACCAGAUCGCUUUGCAAAUUGGAAAACUUUCGCAUUACACCGGCUUAUUUCGGUCCUAACAAGCGGUAUCAGAGCCAUGGUUCAAUGAUGGAACUAGGUUACAGAUGGGUGUUCAUCUUGGCGGGUGUAGUUCUAGUCGCAACCUUUUUGACAGUAAUGAAGAUCUUUGUUGGAGAAAUUGUUUCAGAGAGCUUUCGCAUUACACCGGCUUAUUUCGAUCCUAACAAGUGGUAUCAGAGCCAUGGUUCAAUGAUGGAACUAGGUUACAGAUGGGUGUUCAUCUUGGUGGGUGUAGUUCUAGUCGCAACCUUUUUGAUAGUAAUGAAGAUCUUUGUUGGAGAAAUUGUUUCAGAGAGGUUUUCUGUGUCGAGACGUAGAUUUGAUGGAGGAGAUUAUGGAGAAGAGAUGCAAGAUCCUAAAGAUUAUGUGAAGAAG